AAAAGUUAACUCUCUUCCGGUUUCUCGAAUAAACAAAUCGAAUACGAAGAUAAAGAAAUUACGUUAAGAAGUUCAACUUUAAACACAGAAACAAGGGAAAACAAAAUAUUCAAACAAAACAUCACUUGUACAUUCGUAAUGGCGGAUGGAGAAUCAGGGAAGGCGGGGUAUCUGCUUGGAUCCCAACAAAAUGUUCCACCUUUCGAUGAGGAACCCGAUCCCCCGGGGUACACUCCCUAUCACUACUCAGAGCAACCUGGACCGGUAACAGUUCAGCCGGGCGUGGAGCAGCCAUUUGGAUAUCAUUCUAGCAACACCACUGUGGUUGUUCAGCAACAACAGGUCCUAACUCGACCUCAGAUGAGCUGGGACUGGAACUCGGGUCUCUGUGGCUGUUUCGAGGAUAUGACAUCAUGUUGUGCUGUGUUUUGGUGUAUGCCUUGCUAUACCUGUUACCUUUCUAAUAAGCUUGGGGAGUCAUGUUGCCUGCCAUUAGCCAUUGGAUCCCACUCUCUGAUUCCCCUCCGAACAAAAGUCCGUGUUGAGAACAACAUUAUC